AUGCCACUAUUGUCCUAUUUAGUAUAUAAAUACUCACUGAACAACUUGAUAAAGAAAUUCCUUUUCAAUGUUAUUUAUUUACUUGAUAUUUCUAGGUGGAUACGAUGGAUAUUAGAAGAUACCAUUGAAUUAACAUCGGAAUAUUGUCUUUUUCAAAAUAACAUUGAUAAGUUAUUAUCCAUUCGAUGGGAUUGGGUUAAUGCAGACGACGGCGGACAUUUACUAUCAAUCAUUAUUGAUUCAGAAAUAUUUAUUUUCGCACCGGUCUGUCUAAAUCUUUCAUUAAGUCGUAAUAAACUACGAGGUGGGCAUGCAUGUCAGCCAACAUUAAUGACUACAAUUGGUGAAGUACCAAUGCCAACACAACAACAAGAACCUUGUUGGCGAUAUUCUUCAAUUACUGCCUCGCGUGGUGGUAGUAGUCGUCGUUGUUUUGUCAAACAAGCUGCAUGGCUUCGUGAUGGUCUAUCACUAAUUGAUGCAAAAACUGAACUCCAGUUGUUUAAUUAA